AUGGGUGUAGGACUGUCCUCCUCUAUCCCACAGGAGCUACAAAUGUUUGCUGUGCAUUGUGUAAUGCAGUUACUGCUGUUCCACCACCUGGUACGGCCCUGCCCGACCGACCUAUAUUUCCUCUGCAACUUGGAUCAAAACAUUGCUGUCACAGUGCGAACAGUUUACGGCUUCAAAUCCGAAGAGGAAAGCAAUCAAAAUGGUGUAGAAAUAAUCAAGGAUGCACUGUCUAGAGUUCUUGUGCAUUUCUACCCGCUUGUAGGGCGGCUGACAAUCAGUUCGGAUAAGAAACUUGCGGUGGAUUGCACGGUCGGAGGGGCAGUGUUUGCGGCGGCCGAAGCAGAUUGUAAACUCGAAGAUUUAGGUGAUAUUACGAAGCCUCAUAAUGGGAUGCUUUGUCAGCUUGUUUAUGAUAUUCCUGGUGCUGAAAAUAUACUGGAAAUUCCUCCCAUGGUGGCUCAAGUAAGUUGCUUUCUUUAA